UAACUACUUAUCAGUUGGAGUUGAGUAUCAAGACAGAGACCACGUUUACGAACAUAACGAUACGUUUGUACCUUUACUUAAACAUCGUUGAUUUUAAUUAUACUUGUACAUAAUUUAUCACAAAAUAUAUUUAAAUUCUUAAUUCAAUCGUUAAAAAAAAAUGUUACUUCUAAAUCGGUUUUGUUUGAAUGUGAAUUUGUGUAUUGUUAUUUAUUUGGUAGAUUUUAUAAUAUGUGUUAAUAAUAAUGGUCCUUGGGUAAAAAUGAGCCACGGUCAAGUUUGGCCAAAACCUAUGGAACAGCGGAAUACUAAUGAAUACUACUUAAUUGAGCCAAAAAAUUUCCGAUUACAAGUUUUACAAAAUAAUUGCGAUGAUCUUCAAAAUGCCAUAAAGAGAUAUAAAAAAAUGUUAUUCAUUAAAGGAAACAAUGCUAUAAAAAAUACAAUUUCUUCAAUUAGUGAUGAAAAUAAUAACUCAGUGAAAAAAUUGGACUCAUUAAAAAUAUAUCUAGAAAACUACUGUGAAAAGUAUCCUUCUUUAGAUAUGAAUGAAACAUACACAAUUAAUAUUACACAUUCCAUUGGUGUUUUAACAGCAGUUUCAAUUUGGGGAAUUUAUAGAGGCCUAGAAACGUUUUCGCAAUUAGUUUACUUAACAGAAGAUGGAACGUUUCAAGUACGAGGAACAUUUAUAAAAGACUAUCCAAAAUACUCACAUCGUGGAUACAUGUUAGAUACGUCUCGUCAUUUCUUAGAUGUAAAAACUAUUUUAACUUCAUUAGAUGCAAUGGCUUAUUCUAAACUUAAUGUUUUUCAUUGGCAUAUAGUAGAUGAUCCGAGCUUUCCUUUUGAGAGUACUUCAUUUCCAAAACUCAGUGAAAAAGGAGCUUAUGAUAAAUAUUCUGUUUAUACAAAAGCCGAUGUUAAACACAUUAUUGAGUAUGCAAGGUUACGAGGCAUUCGUGUAAUUCCGGAAUUUGAUACACCAGAUCAUACUGGAUCAUGGGGUCCUGGUGGUCAACCAGGAUUAUUAACACAAUGCUCUGAAUCAGAUCCUACUAUUCUAGGUCCAAUUGAUCCAACAUUAAAAGAGAACUAUGAUUUUCUUAAAACUCUUUUUACUGAAGUUAAAGGAUUAUUUCCCGAUGAGUACUUACAUCUUGGGGGUGAUGAAGUCAGACAUGAUUGUUGGGAUAACAACACCAGGAUUGUGAAAUUCAUGGAGGAUCACAAUAUGAGCAGUAUUUUAGACUUAGAAAAUUAUUAUUUUCAAAAUGUGUUUGAGAUAACAAACACAUUAAAUUUUAAGUCAAUUGUAUGGGACGAGCUAUUUAACAAUAAAGUUCAAUUGGAUCAAAAUUCAAUUGUUCAAGUAUGGCAAGGAGAUUACAUCAAUAGAACAUUAAAUGUCUUAGAAUCUGGACAUUAUGCUUUACUGUCUAGCUGCUGGUAUUUAAACUAUGUACAAUAUGGAACAGAUUGGUUAGAAUACUAUAAUUGUGAUCCCAAAAAUUUUUUCAUUAAACCGGAAUACAAUCAUUUAUUUUUGGGUGGUGAAGCUUGUAUGUGGGGUGAAUUUGUAGACGAUUCGAAUGUAUUGCAAUUUUCAUGGCCAGGUGCGAGUGCUGUUGGAGAAGUGCUUUGGUCGCACACAACAAAUGAAACUGAAGCUGCCCCGAGACUUGAAGAACACAUCUGUAGAUUGAAACGUAGAGGAAUACCAGCAAAACCAUCCAAUGGUCCUAGUUUUUGUUACUAUUAAAAUAUAUAAAACACAUCGAUUUUUAAUUUCAUAACCGAAAAUACAUAUGAUUUUAUAUAAUAUGGUCCAAAGAGUAAAAUGUGUAAAUUAACAUUUGACACAUUUAACAAUUAUACUGAUUUGAGACGAA